GCAAAGAUGCUGAAACACUGAGCUGCUUUAAAUCAAGACCACUUGUUUAGAGCUGCCUUUGAUCAAUAACUGGAACACUGACUGACCUGCUUGAUGAUUUUGAUGAUGGCAUUUGACAAAAUGUAAUUUUUUUUAAAUCGCUGGUUUCAUAGUGUAUUAUGUUUUAAUGGAGUCAAGCAGUUUGAAGUGCCUUGUUGCAGAUUAACCAGACCUGACUUCAGAUCAGUUCAAAGCGUUUCUGUGUUGUAACUGUGAACAGAGUGUGAGAAGCUUCGCGGUGAAACGGUAAGUCAGGUAGCGGCAGCCAGCUGUGCAGCUCAGAGUGCCCAGCCUGCACAUCCGUGUUUCAGCGGGUUGCUCUCGGUGUGGUGCGGGCUUUUUUUUUUUUUUUUUUUCUUUUUAUAUUACUGGUUGCGUAAGUCGGCGGAGCAGCAGCGUCCGUCGGAGCUCUGUUCAGGAGGAUGGAGGGGAGCGAAGGGGACGAGAAUGAGGGCGGCUCGGUAUGGAAACAGUUUCAAGCCAAGGCUAAGCCGCUUCUCAGUCCCAAGCUGGGCGGCCGAGAGCCGGACGAGCAGAGCAAGAGGAGCAUGUGGAUGUUCAAGAAGACUAAGCGGAAGAAGAACGUCGCUCUGGACCGGGUUAUCUCUUCCUCGCAGCCCGACCUGGUCUUCUCCGCCGAGGUGACGGACGUGAAACCGCAGGAGGCUCCGCUCUGCGGCAAACCUCCCGGGAGCAGCUCCCUGCUCGGCCGGGAGAAGCUCCACUCGUCCAUCAAGCGCAAGUCCGCCGGCGCGAGCAAAUCCACGGUGGCUCAGCUGGUCCAGUCCCACCACAAGAGCUCCUCGUUGGGGUCUGCGUGCCUGGAGAGGCUGACGGAGCCUCCGGGCGGCAGCCGCGGGGGCGACGCGGCCACAGCGCAGGCGGCGGCGGUGGAAAGCCAUCCGGAAAGGAAGCAUGAGCAGGCGGGCUUGGGGGCGUCCUGCUCCUCGGGGAGCCCCGCUGAGGCAGCCACACCCCCACCAGGGAUAUACAAGCUGGAAAUCGAGCUGAAACGAGGACACAACCUUGCCAUCCGAGACCGAGGAGGCUCCAGCGAUCCCUACGUCAAGUUCAAGCUGGCUGGUAAAGAGGUGUUCAGAAGCAAGACCAUCCACAAAAACCUCAACCCGGUGUGGGACGAGAAGAUCACGCUGAUCGUGGACAGUCUGAGCGAACCGCUGUACGUCAAGGUGUUUGACUAUGACUUUGGUCUUCAGGACGACUUCAUGGGUUCUGCUUUUCUUUACCUGGAGUCUCUAGAGCAGCAGAGGACGAUACCGGUGACUCUGGUGCUGAAGGACCCGCAGCUCCCCAACGAGGACCUGGGCUCUCUGGAGCUGGCAGUUACCCUGACGCCUAAAAGCAGCCCCAUGGAGGAUCCUCGAGACACGGCGCGAGGCGAGGUUAAGACGUAUCGGUGGAAACCUUAUGUGAAUAAAACCAUGCUGCUCAGGAGGUCCUGGAAACGAUCCACAAAGCAGCAGCAGUCAUUGCGUCUCACUGAGGUGCAUCGGAAGUCCCAGCUGUGGCGAGGGAUCGUCAGCAUCACGCUGAUCGAAGGUCGGAACCUCACGCCCAUGGACCCCAACGGCCUGAGCGACCCCUACGCCAAGUUCAGGCUGGGGCCACAAAAGUACAAGAGCAAGACGAUGUCGAAGACCCUGAGUCCUCAGUGGAGGGAGCAGUUUGACCUUCAUCUGUAUGAGGAAACAGGAGGCGUUCUGGAGAUCACAGUGUGGGACAAAGACACGGGGAGGAGAGACGACUUCAUCGGACGCUGCCAGUUGGACCUCUCCACUCUGACUAAAGAGAAGACCCAUCACCUGGAGCUGCCGCUGGAGGAGUCCCGGGGCGUCCUGGUGCUGCUGGUCACGCUGACGGCGUCGGCAGCGGUCUCCAUCGCUGACCUGUCCCUCACACCGCUGGAGGACCCAGAGGAACGCAGAGAGAUCCUCAAACGAUACGGUGUGAGGAAGUCGUUGUCCAACCUGAGGGACGUGGGCAUCGUCCAGGUCAAGGUGCUGAGGGCCGAGGGUCUGAUGGUUGCAGACGUAACGGGUAAAAGUGACCCUUUCUGCGUAUUGGAGCUGAAUAACGACAGACUGCAGACACAUACCAUAUACAAGAAUCUCAACCCUGAGUGGAACAAAGUCUUCACCUUCAACGUGAAAGAUGUUCACUCGGUCCUGGAGGUGUCGGUGUUUGACGAAGACAGAGACAGGAGUGCAGACUUCCUGGGAAAAGUGGCCAUUCCUCUUUUGAAUAUCCGUAACGGCGUCCAGAGAGCCUACCUGCUGAAAAAUAAGGAGCUCACCGCCCCGACCAAAGGAGUCAUCUACCUGGAGAUGGAAGUCGUCUACAACACGAUAAAGGCUGCGUUAAAGACCGUGGUCCCUGCAGAACAGAAAUACAUCGAGGAAGAACCAAAAGUUUCCAAGCAGCUGCUGCAGCAGAACUUUAACCGGGUCAAGCGGUGCAUCAUGGUCCUCUUCAGCUAUGGUACCUACAUCAACAGCUGCUUUGAGUGGGAGUCAUCACAGAGGAGCAUCACUGCUUUCAUUCUGUUCGUGGUGGUGGUCUGGAACUUUGAACUCUACAUGCUGCCACUUGGCCUGGUUCUGCUGCUGGUCUGGAACUACUUCUUCUCCUCAGGCAGAGAGACGGCGGAGACGUCCAUGGAGGCCAUGUUUGAAUGGGAGGAUGAUGAAGAGGACAAGGAAGAAAAGGACUCUGAGCCCAAAGGCUUCAUGGAUAAACUGUACGCCAUCCAGGACGUGUUCAUCAGCGUACAGACCGCGCUGGAUGAAGUAGCAUCGUUUGGAGAGAGGUUAAAGAACACCUUUAACUGGACAGUGCCUUUCCUCAGCUGGUUGGCCAUCACUGCCUUGUGCCUGGCCACACUGCUGCUCUACCUCAUACCACUGCGAUACCUCGUACUCGCCUGGGGUGUGAACAAGUUCACUAAGAAGCUUCGUGAUCCAUACAUGAUUGAAAACAACGAGCUUCUAGACUUCCUGUCCAGAGUCCCGUCUGAUGUUCAAAUGAUGCAGUACAGAGAGCUGAGAGCUGAUCCUGGACAAAGCCCCAACAAGCGCAGGCGGGCGUACCCCAGCUAGCCGGAAGCUGUAAACUCUGUACAUUUAUUGUAAUUUCAUAUCUGGUUUCUUAACCGUCUUGUACAUUUGAUUCUGACGAAGAUGCAUUUACUGAUUUUUAUUUUGUUGCUACCGAACUGAAUUGUUUUCUAAAUAUGUGAAAGAAAAAGAUAUUGUGUUUUUUUUUUUUUUAAAUCUAAUUUAUUUCUCUCCACACAACCCAACCCUCGUUGAAGUGAUGAAAUAAAGGACUGUGUCGUCUGCAUGCAGUGCUGCUGUCGCAUGCAACCACAGCAGAGUCCUUCUGACCUUCUGACCUGAAUGUGUCGUCACUGUGUCUGACCUCUGACCUGCAUGCUGAUUCUGCUCCAUCCCAGCAUGUCCUCAACCUCAGUGACCAGCACUGCAAGGUCCGCUGUUCUUCCACUCAUUGGUUUUCUUUUUCUUCCCGUCAGUCAGGCAAACAAAUGUUUUUGUGUGAAUUCAGCUUCCAGUCCAUGGCAACAGCCAGAAUAACUGCAGCCUAAAGAUUUCUCCACUCAAAUGAGUUUUUAUAUUCCUGUGGGGGUUCGCAUGAGCAGUUAUAAGUAGUUAGUGUUUUUUUUCUUCCAGUUUGUAGCUUUUAUUAUCUGAUGUCUGUCAGUUUAAAACAGCUUUAAAACAACAUUUUACCAAGUAAUUUUGGUAAGUGUUAUUUCAAGUGUGCUAAGAUAUUCAAACAUCUUAGCACACUUGAAAUAAGACAAAAAUAACUUCCAAGGAAGACACAGUUUUAGAUUAAUAAUUCCUUAAUAUCGAUGGAAAAAGUACUUGGUCCGUCGUCAGAUUAUUUCAUUUAUAACAUGGAAAAAAUGUUUUCCUGUAGGUGGAAUAAUUUACUGGUGGAACUUGUACUUUGUAAAUCAAUAUUAAGGUAUUACUUGUGUAAAACAAGCUCUUAUAUCUGACUGAAAAGCUACCAGUAAGUUAUUAUGUCUUAUUUCAAGUGUAUUAAAAUAUUUGCACCAGGAACUAGACAAAAUUACCUGUUUUUUAUCUACUUAAUAAGUAGAUAAAAUGACAUCUUGGCAGAUUGAUAGAUUGACAGUCUGCAGUCUGCUGAUCCUCUCCCUGUCCCGGCCGAGUGAAGGUUUCCUGUGUUGGACAAAAACAUAAACAAAACUUCUUUCUCAAAAAUGUUAAUCUCAGUGCAGGACCAAAGUCAGCCGGUGAACAGGUGGAUUUUGAGAAGAUUUCCUGCGCUCUUCUAUCCUGAAGUUGUUUGGAACAAGAUCUGAAACUGCAGCAGACGUAACAGUAAAGUCUGAAACGUUAAUAUCUGCUCAUAUAGUUUUGUCUCCCAAUGAUGGAAAAACACUUUUGAGUUAUUUUAAAUAAGCUGAAGCUGUUGGUCUUCUACUGCUAUGAGGAUUUCUUUCUUUCACAGCAGCACAAACAUUUUACUUUUCAUCUGAAAAGUAAAAAGUCAAGAAAUUUGAGAACAGAUCCACCUGAUCAUCCAUUAUUCCAACUGUUACAACUCAGUAGAUUUUAUUUUUAAAACUCUUCAGUCACAAAUGUAAAUCUGGGUGGUUUAAGGAGCAAAAAUAACAUCUACAUUUCCUGUCUUUGCUGCACAAACACAAUAGAUGGGAUUGCUUUUUCAGUC